GCUGUUUCCGUUUCCGGUUCAAGUUUUGCUAUUAAAAUGCUUUCCAAUUUACCGAUUGAGAUUCUAAAUAAGAUUUAUGGACUCUUGAAUUUAAAAGAUAAACUUCAACUGGCUCAAGUCAGCGAAGAGCUUGGCCACGCAUUUUUCUACCAUAGUAAAGUGGUUUAUUCGCAUUUGGAGUGCGUUGUUUUUACAAAUGAUGUAUUGACAGUUUUUCUGCCGCUUGGCGGAGCUGGUGUUGUCCAUAUGGUUACGACUGAAAAGACAUUCGAGAAGCCAAUUGUGGAGCUAAUAGUAAAGCACUGCACCAACUUGAAAUCUGCCAUUUUGGAGAUUCCAACUGAUAAUUUGAAGGAGUUCAAGGCAUUUAUAGGCAUUAAAAGCCUAAGAAAAAUCGAAUAUUUAAAUGAAUUUCGGUGUAAUCAUAUAAUCGAAUUCAUUAAUACAGAUUGUAAAGAGUUGAAAGUAUUUCAAAUUAGGAAUGGACAGGCACAACACAUUCGAAAAUUGAUAAACUUGGAAAAACUGUACCUCAUUUGGCCUGAGAAAAAAUAUUUAUUAAAUAUUUUUGAAAUAGCCUCACACUUAAAAAAACUUCGCAGCUUGGUGGUUAUAUACCAUAGCAAUUCAUUAUGCCAGAAACUUGAUUUUUUAUUACCGGAAUUGGAAGAACUUGAGUUAGUGCACUGCAGAAUUAGUCUGUCAGUAAUGCCAACAUGUCCAAAGCUCAAAUCGUUGACAUUUGCGUACAGAGAAACUCACAAUAUCGUUCAAAUUGUUUCAAAAUACGCCAAUACCCUGGAGCGUUUAUAUCUACACUCAAUCAAUUAUCAACCAGAAGAUUUAUUUGAAAUUAUCAGUAAAUGUAAAAAGUUACAGUUGAUUCAUACACAUUUUAUCACAAUUAAAACUGUGUUUUCGGAAUCUCUGAACUCCUUUGUUAACAUUUUGAAGAAAAGUGGUUUCAACGAGCAAAGGCGUUUUGUUUGGGAAAUUCGUCAAGGUAAUUCGGAGGAUUUUCGAAUAAUGAUGGAACAUUACAAUAAAUACGAAAUGUGGAAACUAAUGAAACUGAAUUUAUUGAGUCUUCAUGGCAAUGCAUUUAUGUUGUUACAAAAUCUACAGAUCUAGAUGGGUUAUCAGAAAAAACCGAUUUGAAUUGGCAAUUAUUGGAUACUAUUUCUAUUUGCCGAUACAGAGAUUUUAAAUCAGGUUUACUUCAAUUGAACGCAGU